AUGCGAGAACUAUGGAUUUUGCAUACUUUGAUAAUGUUGAUUUCACCUGAAGAUUUUAAGCCUACAGACGAAAUACUAUUAAAUUGUGGUGGUCCUAUUCUUAGUUUGGAUCUUGAUGGCCGUUCAUGGUCCACUGAUCGUGGCUCGAAUUUUGGUUCUGGAAAAUCCAACAUGUUAGAGGUUGCAACUAAUGACCCUGCACUCCCUCAAGUUCCCUUCAUGACGGUGCAGAUUUUCGAAUCACCAUAUACCUAUAGUUUUCCUGUGGCUUCUGGUUGGAUUUUCCUCAGGUUAUAUUUUUAUCUGGCUUCUUAUUCGGGUCUUAAUAUAUCAGAUGCCCGAUUUGGCGUGACAUCCCAAUCCUACACCUUGCUUUGGAACUUCAGUGUUCUUGAGACCACUUUGGGUUCAAAUGAUCAUUAUGUUGUGAAGGAAUAUUCCAUCCACAUUGAUGGAGGUACAUUGAACUUAACUUUUACUCCAUCUACCACUGCAAUUAAUGCAUAUGCAUUUGUCAAUGGGAUUGAGGUCAUGUCGAUGCCUAAUAUUUAUACUUCCACUGAUGAUGAUGUCCAUGUGAUUGUUUGUAUAAGAAGUGUCUUCAACGUUGACAACAGAACUGCACUUGAGAAUGUUUAUAGGUUAAAUGUGGGUGGGAGUAAUAUUCCGGGUUCUCGUGAUACUGGCAUGUUUAGGUCUUGGAGUGCUGACGCGUCUUUCAUACUAGGAACUGCAUUCGGAGCUGUGAAUGGUGGUAUAGAAGUGAAUAUUGAGUAUCCUCCAGGAACACCGUCUUAUAUUGCUCCGACUAUUGUUUUCUCGUCGGCCAGAUCGAUGGGUGCAAACACGAAUAUCAACUUGAGUUACAACUUGACUUGGACAUUCUCAAUUGAUUCUGGGUUUGCCUAUCUAGUGAGACUUCACUUUUGUGAGGGCACCACAGUGAUAAUCAAAGUUAAUCAAAGAGUAUUCCAAAUAUUCCUCGCUAAUCAAAGUGCUUUUAAUACGACUGAUGUUAUUGCCUGGGCAAGUACUUUUAACCUUCCACUGUUAGUUGAAGAUUUUAAGCCUACCCACGAAAUACUCUUACAUUGUGGUGGCCCUAUUCUUAGUUUGGAUCUUGAUGGCCGUUCAAUGUCCAUUGAUCGUGGCUCGAAUUUUGGUUCUGGAAAAUCCACCAUGUCAGAGGUUGCAACUAACGACCCUCCAGUCCCUCAAGUUCCCUUCAUGACGGCGCGGAUUUUCGAAUCACCAUAUACCUAUAGUUUUCUGGUGGCUUCUGGUUGGAUUUUCCUCAUGAACUUCAGUGUUCUUGAGACCACUUUGGGUUCAAAGGAUCAUUAUGUUGUGAAGGAAUAUUCCAUCCACAUUGAUGGAGGUACAUUGAACUUAACUUUUACUCCAUCUACCACUGCAAUUAAUAAAGAUGCAUUUGUCAAUGGGAUUGAGGUCAUAAGUGUCUUCACCAUUGAAAACAGAACUACACUUGAGAAUGUUUAUAGGUUAAAUGUGGGUGGGAGUAAUAUUCCGGGUUCUCGUGAUACUGGCAUGUUUAGGUCUUGGAGUGCUGACGCGUCUUUCAUACUAGGAACUGCAUUUGGAGCUGUGAAUGGUGGUAUAGAAGUGAAUAUUGAGUAUCCUCCAGGAACACCGUCUUAUAUUGCUCCAACUAUUGUUUUCUCGUCGGCCAGAUCGAUGGGUCCAAAUGCCAAUAUCAACUUGAGUUACAACUUGACAUGGACAUUCUCAAUUGAUUCUGGGUUUGCCUAUCUUGUGAGACUUCACUUUUGUGAGGGCACCACGGUGAUAACCAAAGUUAAUCAAAGAGUAUUCAAAAUAUUCCUCGCUAAUCAAAGUGCUUUUAAUACGGUUGAUGUUAUUUCCUGGCCAACUGAAGAUUUUAAGCCUACGGACGAAAUACUCUUAAAUUGUGGUGGCCCUAUCUUAGUUUGGAUCUUGAUGGCCGUUCAUGGUCCACUGAUCGUGGCUCGAAUUUUGGUUCUGGAAAAUCCACCAUGUCAGAGUUUGGAUCUUGAUGGCCGUUCAUGGUCCACUGAUCGUGGCUCAAAUUUUGGUUCUGGAAAAUCCACCAUGUCAGAGGUUGCAAGUAAUGACCCUGCAGUCCCUCAAAAUCCCUUCAUGACGGCGCGGAUUUUCGAAUCACCAUAUACCUAUAGUUUUCCGGUCGCUUCUGAUUGGAUUUUCCUCAGGUUAUAUUUUUAUUCGGUUUCUUAUUCGCGUCUUAAUAUAUCAUAUGCCCGAUUUGGCGUGACAUCCCAAUGCUACACCUUGUUUAGGAACUUCAGCGUUCUUGAGACCACUUUGGAUUCAAAUGAUCAUUAUGUUGUGAAGGAAUAUUCCAUCCACAUUGAUGGAGGUACAUUGAACGUAACUUUUACUCCAUCUACCACUGCAAUUAAUGCAUAUGCUUUCAUCACAUUUUGUCGCCGUAGGCAUAGCACAAGUGAAGGACGACCUAGCUGGUUUCCACUUUCGCUUUUCAGUAAUUCACCCUCUCCAGCUUCUGCCAAUACCAACACAACAAGGAGUUACAAAUCCUCACUUCCACAAAACCUUUGUCGUCAUUUCUCGUUUGCGGAAAUGAAGGCUGUUACAAACAACUUUGACGAGACUUUGAUUCUCGGUGUGGGAGGAUUUGGCAAGGUUUACAAAGGAGAAAUUGACGGCGGAUCGACUAUAGUCGCAAUUAAACCUGCGAAUCCACUCUCCAAACAAGGUGAGCACGAAUUCCAAACUGAAAUUCAAAUGCUCUCUGAACUUCGUCACCGCCACCUUGUUUCGGUGAUUGGAUACUGUGAAGAGAACACUGAAAUGAUCCUUGUCUAUGAUCACAUGGCCUAUGGAACACUCAGGGAGCAUCUAGACAAGACACAGAAACAUCCACUACCGUGGAAGCAAAGGCUUGAGAUAUGCAUUGGAGCUGCUCAGGGUUUGCACUAUCUUCACACCGGCGUUGAACGCACUAUCAUCCACCGUGACGUGAAGACAACAAACAUUUUACUAGAUGAGAAGUGGGUGGCCAAGGUUUCUGAUUUCGGAUUGUCGAAAACAUAUCCUUCAUUGGAUAAUACACAUGUAACUACUGAGGUAAAGGGUAGUUUCGGGUACUUGGAUCCGGAAUACUACAGGAGGCAGCAAAUGACCGACAAAUCCGAUGUGUACUCAUUUGGUGUGGUUAUAUUUGAGAUACUCUGCGCUCGCCCGGCUUUGAACGUAAAACCAGCUGACGAGGAAAUGAAUCUAGGUAAAUGGGCAGCUCAUUGCUACAAAACAGGCAUUCUUGACCAAAUCAGUGAUCCUUAUCUGAAGGGCAAGAUAGUUCCGGAAUGCUUUAAGAAGUUCGCCGAGACCGCGAUGAAGUGCGUAGCUGACCAAGGCAUUGAAAGGCCAUCGAUGGGGGAUGUCUUGUGGAACCUGGAACUUGCUUUGCGGCUUCAGAAAAGUUCAGAAGACACUGCAAAUCCAGAAGAUAAUGCAAAUCCAGAAGAUAGUGGAAACAGUCUUGGCAGAAGACACUGCGAAGAGCCAUUGUUUACAGAUGUGAAAGGAAAGAAGAAGUUGGAUUAUGUGACUGAUUCUGGAAACAGUGGUGAUUCAACGAGUGUUGGAGGUAGAAGCUUGGCUAGAAAAGAUUCUGCUCAGGGCUAGUACUAUUUUAAUUUUAAUAAACAUAUUUCUUUUAUAAAUAAAUGUUACUAAAUUAGGAUUAUCCGUUUGUUUCUUAACCUAUAACUUAAUUGAAAUAUGUAUUCAUGGCGAUUUA